UGCUGCCUCCACUCAUGUGAGCGCGUGUAUGUAGCAGGGGGCCCGCUGAGCGUGCGGGUGGAGCCGCGCCAGCCGCUGGGGCGCGCCACGGCGGCUCUGCGGGGCGUGGCGUCGCGACUGCAGCGCCUGGUGGGCGCGGCGGACGGCGCGGGCAACCUGCUCAUGUCGCCGCUCAGCGUCGCCGCCGCCCUGGGCCAGCUGCUGCUGGGCGCCCGCGGGGAGACACGAGCGCUGCUCGCCGACCUCCUCGACGCGCCCGGGCCGACGAAGACGGUGCCGAAGGUAUCGCUGGGCGGGGAGGUGCUCAUCCCGGACCUGGAGUACCACCAGCAGUUCAAGGCGCUGCUGGACCUGCUGGCGGCGGACGACGCCCCGGCCAGCAGCGUGGAGCUGCGCAUCGCGUCCGCCUUCUUCGCGCAGAGGGGCCUCCCGCUGCGCGCCGACUUCCAGCACGCGCUGCACGACCUCUACCAGGCCGACGUGCGCUCGCUCGACUUCCGGGAGCGUCCGGAGGAGGCGGCAGCGCAGGUGAACGAGUGGGCGCGGCGGGCGACGCGCGGCCGCAUCCCCACGGUGCUGGCGCAGCCGCUGCCGCCCUCCACGGCGGCGCUGGUGGCGAGCGCCGUCUACUUCCGCGGCGCGUGGGCGUGGCCCUUCGACCCCGAGCUCACCGUCAACGGCUGGUUCCGCCUGGACGCGCGCCGCCGCGUCGCCACCAAGUUCAUGCGCAGCCACUUCACCGAGGUGGCCUACUACGACGCGCCCGGCCUCGGCUACCGACUCGUCGUGCUGCCCUACAAGGGUGGGCAGACGGCGAUGUACGUGAUGCUCCCGGAAGACAAGGAGGCGGACCUGCGCACGUUCGCGUCGUCCAUCUCGCUGGACGGCAUGAUGGCGGCGGCGCGUGCUGCGCGCCCGCAGACCCUCACGCUCAUCCUGCCGCGCAUGAACAUCGCGGGCAGCUUCAGCCUCAAGGAGCCGCUCAGCAACCUGCGCAGGACGCGUCGCCUGCGCAGGACGCGGCGCAGCAGCUCAGGCGCAGCACCCUCCACGCCCGCGCAGGAAUCAACCAACCACAUCCUCAUCGCCAGAAGCGAGCCAAGAGCCAGAGCUGUGGACGCACCGGCAACGCCAUCUGCGGAAUCUCAAAACACCACCCCGGAACUGACGUCAGCUUCGUCUUCCACGGGAUCUGCACCUUCUUCAGGACCCGCCCCAUUCACAUCAGACGUUUCCCAACCCAAUUCCCCUCCCUCCCCACCUUCCCCACCCGCGCCAAACAGUCCGUCCGUCCCCCCUCCCGCUCCCUUGCCGCCGUACGUUCCCUCUGCGGACCCGGCUCGGCCUCCCUCCCCUCAGCUACCAAACGCUCCAUCGAAUCCCUCAACCACAACUCUGCCUCCGUACGUCUCCCCGGUCGUCCAACCGUCGCCCACCCCCGCGCCAGCCGCGGAGACGACGCCGACGGGCGGCGCGUCCCCGGCGCCGGCCGUGGAGAUGCAGAUGUCGGAGGGCGACGGUGCUGCGCUCAACCCGUUGGCGGUGACGGAGACGGGCACGGAGGCGGUGGCCGUCACCACCACCCUGGUGGACUACAGCGGCGCCGAGCAGCUGGUGGCGGUGAACCGGCCGUUCCUGGUGGCCAUCGUGCACGAGCCGUCGGAGGCGCUGCUCUUCUGGGCCGCGGUCAACGACCCCACGGGCGGCGCGGGCAUCCGCACCGACGUCCCGCAGGCCGCGGGCGCCGGCGCCGCGCGCUUCGCACGCUGAGGCUCACACGCACGCCCACACGCACGCGCAGACGCACAUGUGGGGGAGACGUAGUUGGUAUUUACAAGUGAGCAUGUACUCUUCUGGCAAACUUUGGAAUGUGAUUCCUAUGUAGAAAUGAUAAACUGUGAACGUAUGUCCAAUCUUUGCGGAAAAUCGAUGCACACACACAGAUACACGCGCGUACACACGCACACAUGUUCAUGUGUGCUCAUGUGUGACACCUGACCAUGUGUGCAUUGAGGAUUGACGAUUGAGUAAAACCUUGCGGAACGAAAACUCAUGAAAUACGGUAUGUGGGGGGAAGCGUAGUUGGAAUUUAUAAGUGAAAUUGUGCUCUUCUGAUAAACUUUGAAAUGUGAUUCCUAUGAAAAAAUGAAAGACCAACUAUGAACGUAUGUUCAAAAAAUGCAUACACACAUACGCGUUGAAGGAGAAAAAGUGAGUAAAUCUUUGCGGAAAACCGAUGUACAAGCACACACACGCGCACACGUGCCCACACGCGCAAGAAGGAUGGACGAAUAAGUAAAAUCUUGCGGAGAAACUACUGAAGAAAUGAUUGGAAUAUCAUAUUUGUUGGGAAGGCGUAGUUGGUAUAUACAAUUGAGGAUGCACUAAACUGGCAAAUUGUGGAAUGUGAUUCCUCUGUAGAAACUUCAAAUAUGUGUCCAAAAAUGCACGUACAUAGACUCACAUAUAAAUGUUGAAGAUGGACAAAUCAGUGAAACCUAUUAAUGAAAUAAUUCGGAAAUUGUUGUAAUAUUGGUGAGACGUAGAUGGUAUUUUCAGAAUGAGCUAUGGCUGUAUACUCUUCAGACAAAUUUCGGGAGAUGAUUCUUGAGUUUAAAUGGUAGAAAAAAUAUUUCAGAAAAUGCACAUACAAAGGACCAUUCUGAUAAUUUAGUAAUACUCUCAAACUUCGUCCCUUAGUUUCCUUGUACUGGCACACUGCGUGUCCAUACAUAAGAACAAACAUUGUGAACUCUUCUUCUUUCAAAGCCAUGCAGAUCAAUUUCUUAGUGAGUUUUGUGCGGAAACUGAGGGUCCGUCAAUGAGUUGUCUUUGCACGGUUGAUAAGGCAAUUAGGUCAAAUGAUCACUUGGAGUUUUUCUUAUUAUUUUCACUCAGAAAUCAUCUCCCGAAGUUCAUCUUCACUCUAUACGAAUACAAAUACACGGUAUUGCUAUUACUGAUACUCGUAUUUGAUUCCUUAGCGUUUUCCGGUGCCUUAGUGACAUGUCCAGAUCUGCCAUCCAGAAAUCAGAAUGCGAUUACGAAAGUAAGACGGUUUGUAGACGAAUUCUGGUUUUUAGAUAGCGGAUUCAAAGUUAUCGAAAGCCGCUCGACUUUUAUAAAUAAAAAUGUGGGUAUAGGCGGGCAACACGUAUAUUUUGUAUUGCAAAAAAUGUAUCUGAUUUAAAGAAAUGUGAGAGAUGACCAUAAAGUCUAAAAAAGAAGUCCAAAUGCUGAAAAGCAUAUUGCAAGCGAAAUGAUAUCUAUCGAAGUGAAAAAAAUAUGGAUGAGAAUUUUACGUUGACAAGACAAAUGUGUACUUUGACAUUUCAGCAUGAUUGGGACAUUCUAGUGUUGCUCUUGACGUUCGAUUUUGUCAUGUGUUUUGAAAACAGAAAUUUAAAAUGAAAUUUAUGAAGGAAAUUUGAUAACUUGCAUAGCUCAUCAGAUCAAUGGUAACAGAAGUGGUGACUUCGUUCAUACUUAGCGUAGUAGUAGUAGAAUAUUUUGCCCAGACAUUUGAAUGAUCUACAUUUCUUGUAUAAUUUGCGUCUAGUUUAAUAUUCUAUUCUCUAGUCUCCAUUAACUUGACACCGCUAAAACGUCAUUAUUUUCCAGUGGAAACUGUAGAGUGGUUUACUCCAAUAAACAUGAUUUUGGGUGUUGAAGCUGCGUGAUUGUUUUCUACGUGAGCCAAUCACAUACGCAUUUUUAUCGGGCGGGACCAUCCCAAAGUCGACGGGUUCUACUUGCCUGAUACAGUUUGAGUGAUGUUCUGAAAAUUUUGUCAGAUCACAAUGCGUUAAUUAAGCUGCAGUUUAUCAUUCGAAUCAUAGCAUUACCUCCCAGGAAGUCUGUGGGAUCUCCCAAGACGGAGAAGUUAACCUCAAUCUGCCCGCAAAGUCAUCGUCUAAAAGAGCUGAAGCUGUUAGGUAGUGGUUUAGUUUAGGGGUCACAACAACGUAUAUUUAAAUUGAAUAUUUAAGUAUUUAAUUACCUUUAGAGAGAUCAGUCUGAGGAAACUAGCUAAACACCUCACGCUCAUUGGAUGGCGUGUAUUACCAUUGUAUCCAGAUUCCAGAAAUCAUUAUCACUCACUGGAUCAGAUCCGAUGUCAUUGGAUUUCAUGAGGUACAACUAGACUUUUGAGCUAUGGUUUAACUUUAUAUUCAUUUCCCAGCGCAUGGCUGUUAAUACAAUUUAUAAUUUCAGUUAAGUCUUGCCUAAAAAACUUUUUAAAUGACUUAUUUUCGGAUGAGGUAAAUAUACUUACUGGUACAUACGUUCAAACACGGUAAAAUCAUGUUUCUCUAGUAGUUUUUUCUUAAAAAACAGUAACAAAGAUAUUAAUUUAAAGUGACAUUGUUUCAAAAAGGUAGUGAUGCUAUUGAUGCUGGCAUAGCAAAGAUGGGAAGCAAGUGAUGUUAAUUAGAGAAUAUUUUCAAAACACUUAAUCUUUAACCCCAAACAAUGAAGUAUUUUAAUUAUUCUAUUCGUUUUACGUUUUUAAAACGUGAAUUUUCCGACUGAAAUUAAGGUUCUGGGAGAACAUUGUCUGCUAGUAUAAAGUGGUUCUUGCGUUCUUUCAACUAUUGAUUCCGCUGUAAGAUUUGUUGAACAAUUAUAUAAUAUACAGCAGUGAAUAUGUUGGAGUGCUUGUGCCAUCAGAGGACUGAGACCUGGAGUGAGGUCUAUGCAGGUCAACCGACAUUAAAUAAAUUAUAAAUAUUUAAGUGUGAAUUGUUUACUAUGAAAUUUGUUAUAUUUUCGUGAAGUUGACGACAGGUGAGCAGUUGGUGAAGUGUGCGAAUAUGUUAAAAAACGAGAAAUGAUAUGAUGUGGGGGAACAAAAAUACUCACAACUUUUAGAUAACAAAGUGAAUGAGAUUGUGCUUAAAGGUUGUGAUUCCAAUAUAGAUUUAAUAUUCAGAAUUUACAUACACAUUUCAAGAAAAGCUGUGAUCGUUUUAAAUAACUCGCAAACAUUAUUUUUAUAUUAUGUUUUUAAAUGAACUCUGAGUGAAGAAAAACAAGUUUUAGGUUAUAUUUUUUUGUAUGUGUGCAAGAGGUAUUAAAUACCACUUGCAUUGUGAAUAUUAAUGUGAUUUCAGCAAAUGAUUAUCUUUCGUCAUUCAGUAUGUCAUCGAAGAAAUGUUAUUCUGAAUCCUCUGAGUUCAUGACAUACAUAUUCAAUCGAUAAUAUUUUCAUUAAGCAAGGCAAGAAUGGCCAGUGGUUAUAUGCAUCAUAGAUUCCUAAUAAAGACGGAAUAUAUGAUAAUUAUUUUAUUAUUGUCACAUAAUUGAUAUCCAUUAUUAUCAUUUUGUACAAGGUAAAGUACGAUUACAUGAUUUUAUGUUGACAAACAAGCUGUUUUUAUAAAAUUAAUUAAUGUGUAAAGUAUAUUUUAUUAUGGUGCUUUUUAUAAAAAAAAUCUCCAAGAAUGUGCAGAAAAUAAAUAAGGA